CUCAGACAGUAGUACUACUGAUCUAUCUAGCUAAUAAUUUGUUCAAUUUCAACCAUCUUAUAUAUCUGUCUUCUGAAUUAGGGGAAAAUGAGUAGGCCAGGAGAUUGGAAUUGUAGAUCAUGCAACCAUCUCAACUUUCAAAGGAGGGACUCGUGCCAACGAUGUGGAGAGCCAAGACCAGCCGAGAGAGGUGACUAUGGAAGCUUUGGAGGAAGAUCAUCAGGUGGCUCAUCAUCAUUUGGGUUCAAUAUUACAGGUCCAGAUGUCCGCCCUGGUGAUUGGUAUUGCACCAUUGGGAACUGUGGGACCCAUAACUUUGCUAGCCGCUCAAGCUGCUUCAAGUGCGGUGCCUCCAAGGAUGAAUCUUCUGGUGGGGGAUAUCAUGAUCAGGGUGACAAACCAGCUAGAAUGAGAGGUUUUGGGGGGUUUGGCAGUGGCAGCAGUACUGGCAGCUCCAGCCGCUCUGGCUGGAAAUCUGGUGAUUGGAUUUGCUCUAGGAUGGGGUGCAACGAGCACAAUUUCGCGAACAGGAUGGAAUGUUUCCGAUGCAAUGCACCGAGGGACUCGAGCGCCGGCGGCAGGUCUCCAUAUUCAUCCUAGACGAUGUCCCUCCCUUUUUGGUUUACAGUUAUGGUGUUGUUGGAGGAGAUUAAUCAAGAUAUCGCGGAUCAUGAUCAUCAUCCCUACGUGCGUACGAUCGAUCGAUAGAGAUAUCGGCUCAUUUUGGCCUACGUACGGCCUCUAUUAUUUUUUGUUUUGUGUACUUUUUUUUUUUUUUUUCUUUUCAUAUUUAUGAUCUCCUUGAUCUAGCUACCAGUACUGGGUAGCUAGGUAGCUCUUGAAGAAUCAGGUAGCUAGGGUUAAUGCAGAGUUACAUGAUGAUGAUCAUUCAGCGUUCUGUCAUGAACUUAAUUAAUUAUUUUCUUAUAUUAAUUUAGCAUAGUAUAAAAGGUAUGUAGUU